AUGAACUCCCUCCUCCGCCUCUCUAUCGCCACACAUACACCUCGCAAACACUCUCCCGUGGACUUUGCACAAGCGCGGUAUUUAAUCGCGCUUUCGGUCACAAGGCCUUACCGCAGCCUCAACCGUGGCAAGAUGCUCGCACCGCUGCUCGCACGGUGCCAAAGCCACUUCUCACAAAGCAGCGCUCAAGAGUAUGUGGAGGACUCGGAGCCAGAAAGAGAGGAAAGAAGGACACAGGAAAAGUCACGUCGAAAGAAGAAACGCCCCGAAGUCAACAUCCCGUCUACUGAGGUCAUUGAGUUGACUGACAGCGAUGCCUCCUACCACGCUGGAAGAUUGCAGCCCGUCUCGCCCAAAGUGAAGAAGGGGCCUAUAAUAGUGAUAGAUAUCUCAGACAGCAGUGAUGGCGCCUUACCCCGGGCUGGAGCCCGCGACUCCUUUGAACCCAGGGAGAACUCUGCACCCCAAGAUAACGAAGCAGCUAUUCCUGACAACGAGGAUGACACUACGGACGAUUCGCUCCCCUCUAUAAGAGACAUGUUCAACUUUCCUCAGCGAGCGCCCCAAGCGGGCCCUUCUACUAACGCAAAUUCUCGCCCCCUUCCUCAAGAAUUGCGCUAUCGGGAAAGGCCCCCAACCCUUCAAAUCGCACAACCCCUAUCCCUAUCACCCUCCAGGGCAGCGGAUAGCUCCGGCGAAGAUGAGGAUGGCUCACUGAAGCUAGGCCGAUUCGCAUAUAUCGCUCCGAUACGGCGGACAGCAUCGAAGACACCAUCGCCGACCGAGAGUGGUUCCGUCCCUCCCGAGGUUCCCGUCGUGGCUAAAGCGAAGGGCAAAGCGAAGGGUGCUGCUGGUCACCGCUUCGGCGAUGACUUCUCCGACGCGCAGCUCGGACGCGUACUCAAAUGCGUCUCAUGCGACCUCGCGUGGACGACGCGCAAGACUGUCGCGCAGAAGAUGAAGCACAUCCAGACGUGCGCGAAGAAGAAUGGCCUCUCGGACGACACCGUGCGGACGCUGUUGCAGAAAGGGUUAGAUAGCCUGCCCCCAGUGGCUUCAACGUCGAAGUCGGCGACACCUGCACCUGCACCUGAGGAUGCUGCGCCCGAGACGCUUUUGGAGGACCUUCUCAAGGAUACACACAAGAAGAAGCCUGGCCGGCGACCCCAAGUCUUGCAGACCGUUAAGAGCGUUGCGGAUACCCGGGUGACCAUUUUGGAUAGGGCGCGAAGUCUCCUGCAGAGUGAGGGACCCAUCCGCGCGAGCAGCUCUGUUCCUGAGGGCUCUCGCAACAUACCCGCGCCUGCAGAGUUGGGAAUGCCGCCUGCGACGCAGCUCUUUAGUAGGAGCCGUAUCGCUGGGCGCGACGACCACCCACCUGCGGCCGACACUACCCAAGUGUUUGGUCCCAGCAGGUUGGCUGGUCCUUCCCGCUUGCAGGGCGCCAUUGUCCGUGCAGGAGCGGAGAUCGCUGCGCAGUCCGACGUUUCCCCUCUUACACAAGUGCCCACUAGCCGCCGAGAGGGAGACAGCGACUCGGAGCAACUGCCUCCGUCUACUCAGGUGUUUGCUCAAAGUAAAUUGACGAAUGUGCGCGGGGUAACGCGACGUGUGGUCGCCGCGCCCGAUGCCAUCGACGAACCGAUCUCCAUCCACGACACCUCCGAAGACGACUUUACACGACCCUCGUCUCCUCCCAAGCCGAGUGACCCGCGCGCACCCCGUAGCCCUCGCGCAAACGCAAGCUCUCCACCUCGUUCGCGGAAGACGAGUCCCCGCGCCGGCACCGCAGCGCGACAUACGCCUUCUCCGCGCCGCAGACGGAGUCCAUCACCCACUGGUGACGGCCGGGGGAGCCGCGCCGGUCCCGCUCUGCCCGCAGAGCCUCGGGCAGACUCCGACGAGCCGCCGGAAAACCACAACGAAUACGACGGUCCGUGGAACGAAUGGAUCCGGGACGAUAUCUGGAACGAGGACGACGGCGCGUGCUUGCACUACGUUCCAGAACCGGACGGCGGAGGCGCGGGCGCGGCCGUGGCGGGGCCGUCGGGCACACACGCGUCAGACAGCUCCCCGUCUCCACCCCUCGCAUCGUUGCGGCAACGCCUUACAACGAUUCUCGAGGAUGCACCGAGACCCUCGACAGAGGCGGCAGCAGGACCGCCGGAACCUGCGAAGAAGAAGAGGGGACGGCGGAAGAAGGUGGCGGCGGAGGCGAGCGACGCGGAGGGUGCCGAGGGCAAGGUUGCGGAUGUCUCGCAGGACGAGCUGAACGCAAAAAUGAAGGAAGCCGUGUUAGCGGACGCGGCACUGCAUCUUCGUAUCUUGCGCUACGAGCCGAUCCAUUUCGACGUGUUUCUGCAAAUGGCGAUCGCCCUGGGCAUGCCGGCGAAGCGGUCUGGGCUGAAGAACAAAGUGCGCGCGUUCCUCGACCAGAAGGCCAUCCAUUUUUACGGCGCAGACCCAAGCAAGAGUCGCACGAAGCGGACACGACAUCCAUAA